UAUAUAUAUAUAAAAACAGAUUUGCUUGUUUUAUAGUUUUACAAUUAUAUUUGUUUAACUGGAAAUUGCUGAAACCAAAAAGUCCUGAUUUACGAGAGAGAGAGGGUUGCAGAAGAUUCUUUGAAGGCUACCAGAGGAGUGUAUUCGACUUGUUCAGCAUGUGGUUCUUGGAGGCAGAAGUUGUUUGAGGCGUAGCAAAAGAAUUCAGAUCUGAAAUAUUUGGGUUCCGAACAAUGGCUCUGAAGUAGUACGUACUACUGAGUGGGAUUUAUUUUCUGGGAUUUGUUGUGGUUCGGAUUUGAAUUUGGACAAGAUGUCUGCUGAGGAAUCAAGUGGCUCCGAGUGGAGUUGGGAGCAGGAUAAACAAUUUGAGGAUGCAGUAGCUUCGUAUGGCGAGGACUGUUCGGACAGAUGGGAGAAAAUUGCAGCAGAGGUGCCUGGGAAAUCUGUGGAAGAGGUUAAACGCCACUAUGGACUUCUUGUUAAUGAUAUAGAAGCAAUCGAGUCGGACUUUGUAGAGAUUCCAUGUUAUAAUCCAAACAGUUACUCCAGUCACAGACGCAAGUAUUCUAAGCGGGAGCGUUGUAAGGCGAUGGCUUGGACAGAGGACGAGCACAGGUUGUUUCUUAUGGGGCUGGACAAAUGCGGUAAAGGUGACUGGAAAACCAUUUCCCGUGACUUUGUGGACACGAGGACACCUCUACAAAUUUCUAGUCAUGCUCAGAAGUAUUUUAAUCGCCUGAACUCUACGAACAAACAGAGGAUGCGAUCAAGCAUCCACGACAUCACCAAUGUUAACAAUGGCAAUGGGGACGUUUCAGUGCCUCAAGUUCCGAUCACAUGUCAAACGAAUGGUUCGGCUGAAGGAGGCUCAUCUGGAAACCCUAAUAGAUCCUUCAAACAAAAUAAAUAUCAUAUCAAUAGAUGACUCCAUGUUAGAUAUUAAACCAAUAAGAACAUAUACUAUACUUAUCUUAGCAAACUAAAAAAUUCUCAUAUUUGAUAUACAAUAUUUUUUUCAA